AGGAAUGGGUCAGACUGUCUGAAGAGGACUCUAUCCAAGCAUUUGCCGUCUCCAAGCUCAUUCUCCUAAAGACUCUGGCAUUACAGCUGCACACUUUCCGCGAUGGCUGAGAAGGCUCCACCAGGGAUCAACAAAAAGUCUUCAAGGUCGACCCUUUCCCUCCCUCCAGAACCAGUGGAGAUCAUUAGGAGCAAAGCCUGCUCACGGAGAGUUAAAAUAAAUGUCGGUGGGAUCAACCAUGAAGUGCUGUGGAGAACUUUAGACAGACUUCCGAGGACACGAUUAGGAAAGCUCAGAGACUGCAAUACUCAUGAAUCUCUGCUGGAAGUAUGUGACGACUAUAAUCUGAAUGAAAAUGAAUAUUUUUUUGAUAGACACCCAGGGGCUUUCACUUCCAUUUUGAAUUUCUACAGGACAGGGAAACUACAUAUGAUGGAAGAAAUGUGUGCUCUUUCUUUUGGCCAGGAGCUUGAUUACUGGGGGAUUGAUGAGAUAUAUUUAGAGUCUUGCUGCCAGGCAAGAUACCAUCAAAAGAAAGAACAGAUGAAUGAGGAGCUGAGGAGAGAGGCGGAGACAAUGCGAGAGAGAGAAGGGGAAGAGUUUGACAAUACCUGCUGCCCAGAGAAGAGGAAGAAGCUCUGGGACUUGCUGGAGAAGCCCAACUCAUCGGUGGCAGCAAAGAUUUUGGCCAUUGUGUCCAUUCUGUUCAUCGUUCUGUCCACUAUUGCUUUGUCUCUUAACACGUUGCCAGAGCUUCAAGAAAUAGACGAAUUUGGGCAGCCAAAUGACAACCCUCAGCUAGCACACGUUGAAGCUGUGUGUAUUGCUUGGUUUACCAUGGAGUACCUUUUGCGUUUUCUGUCCUCACCAAACAAGUGGAAGUUCUUCAAGGGGCCGUUAAAUGUCAUUGACUUACUGGCUAUCUUGCCAUACUAUGUCACCAUUUUCCUCACGGAGUCCAAUAAAAGUGUACUGCAGUUCCAAAACGUCCGACGCGUGGUUCAGAUAUUUCGCAUUAUGAGGAUCCUAAGGAUUCUUAAACUUGCCAGACAUUCAACAGGCCUUCAGUCUUUGGGUUUUACUCUCAGACGGAGUUACAACGAAUUAGGCUUGUUGAUACUAUUUUUAGCCAUGGGGAUAAUGAUAUUUUCAAGUCUCGUAUUCUUUGCUGAAAAGGAUGAAGAUGCCACAAAAUUUACCAGUAUCCCCGCAUCAUUCUGGUGGGCAACGAUCACUAUGACUACUGUAGGAUAUGGUGACAUUUAUCCUAAGACUCUGUUAGGUAAAAUCGUAGGAGGACUUUGCUGUAUUGCUGGAGUGCUGGUUAUAGCCCUGCCUAUACCAAUUAUUGUGAACAAUUUCUCAGAGUUUUACAAGGAGCAGAAAAGACAGGAGAAGGCAAUUAAGAGGAGAGAAGCACUUGAGCGAGCUAAAAGAAAUGGCAGCAUUGUUUCCAUGAACCUGAAAGAUGCCUUUGCUCGCAGCAUGGAAAUGAUAGAUGUAGCAGUAGAUUCAGGUAAGUCUGGAGAAGCAGCCAACCCAAAGGAGACACCCGAUGACAACCACCUGUCACCAAGCCGGUGGAAAUGGGCCAGAAGGACGAUGUCUGAAACAAGCUCAAACAAGUCUUAUGAGAACAAAUACCAAGAAGUUAGCCAACAAGACUCCCAUGAGCAAUUAAACAAUGCCGCAGCAUCCUCCAGCCCACAGCACCUCAGUGCUCAAAAGCUGGAGAUGCUAUAUAAUGAAAUUACUAAAACUCAGUCUCAGCCUAAUCUUAAUGCUGGUUACCAAGACCAGUCUGCAAAGCCACCUACGUACGAAGAAGAAAUAGAAAUGGAAGAAGUUACAGGGCAGAGAGAUCAGUUGCCAGCUGGACCAACAGACAUCAUCACGGACAUAAGAAGCACAUCUAGUAUUGACAGCUUUGCCAGCUGUGCCACUGACUUCACAGAAACAGAGAGGUCUCCGCUUUCUCUCUUUCCUGGCUCUCACUUGCAGAUGAGGUUCCCAAGUGAUUCUGCCAACCCAGAAGACAACCAAAGAGUAAGGAGUUCUCAGUUUAUGCCAUUCACAAAAGACAGAAUGUUUUCUCCAACUGAUAUAACCUUUGACUAUACUCCAAUCGACAGAGCUGUUAUCAGUGAUGGCAGUGGGACCCAAACUGUUUUGCAUGGUCACUUACAUUUUGACACUGCCAUGGAAAGCCCCAAAAGUUCUCUGAAAGGUAGCAAUCCAUUAAAAUCCAGAUCCCUUAAAGUUAAUUUUAAAGACAAUAGAGGUGGUGCUCCUCCAACUCCACCCAGCACUGCAAGGCCGUUGCCAGUGAUGGCAGGAGCAGACUUUCCCCAGGCCACCCCUCAGCACAUCAGCACCAUUCUCUUGGAGGAAAAUUCACCCCAAGGUGAACGACCUUUACUUGGUGCUGAUGCAGCAGGACUUUGUCAGGGACCUUCCAAAAAAUCAUCCCCUCUGUUUCCCAAACAAAAGAUUUUCACUUUCCCUUCAAAAGAGAGGAGGAGCUUCACUGAGAUAGACACUGGAGAAGAAGAAGAGUUUAUGGAGUUACAUGGUAUAAAACAUGAGAAACAACAGGAUAUUAAGACAAAUUGCUGCGGGGAUAAACAUGAUGGCAACCAUUUAACAGAGGAUUCACAGGUCAGCUCUUCACCCAAAAGCAUGAGUCACAACUGUACUCAAGACAUUUACCAUGCUGUGGGUGAGGGGAAGAAAGACAGUAACCAAGAAGGUCACAAAAUGGAAAACCAUUUAUUUGCCCCAGAAAUUCAUACGAGUCCAGGAGAAACUGGUUACUGUCCCACACGUGAAACUAGCAUGUGACUAGUUACAAGAGCAAUAAAAAUACUUUUUCUUAAACCACAGUUAGUAAUGCCUAUGAACUAAAACAUGGAAAGCCUCAAAAAAAAAGUGCAUAAAAUGUUAUUUUUGCAUGGCAUGAAGAGUUCUUUAGUUUAAAUACUGUUUAAUUAAAAAAAAAGACUGCUUUUUGUAACAAACUGAAAAAAAAAACAGGAAAAAAUGACUCAAGAACAGUGAAUAAAAUAAAGAGAGCUCUGCAAAGAGCUAGUGUUGUGCAACAUCUGACAUUUUUGAUCCUUUCACUUAUGAUUGUAGACAGGUUUUGAACCCUUUUAACUUUUUGGUUCUCUUGGUUACAAUGAAUUUUAGAAUUUGCACAUGAAAGGAUGAAAUGUCAAUGCAUGCAUUCAUAACGAUGUGAAACAAGGUGCUUCGGGCUUGCAAAAUGCAUAUAUUUGUAAAUAGUCUGGGGUUGGGGGGAAAGCUACUGUUAACAAGGAUUUGUGGAAAAAGAAUUUCCUGGGACACAGGUACUUCCUUCACAGCGUGCUGCCUGGAGGUUUUGUACAGACUUAUGUUGCAAAAUUGCAACUUCUACUUAAAGCAUCUCACCUAUCUUGCUUUCUGUUAAAAAGCUCAUGAACAUUUCUGUUAAUUAAGGGACUACAGUAUUUUAGUUCAUCUGUGCUGUAAAUCAUAGUAUGUUUUUUUCUAAUUCGCAUAACUUUUGUUAUUGCAUUUGUCAGUUUAAUUAACGAUCCUGUGAGGAAAAACAAAGAUUUAAUGACCAGAACUUGAGGCAUUUGAUGUUUUUAUAGAAUACUGCCAACAUUUCAUAACUAAGAAAAAAAUGUUCCAUUUUAAAUUUAAACAACAACAAGAUAGAAUUAUUUCUGUGGCAAUAAAUAGUGCCAAAUGGCUAUCUCAAUCUCAAUCUCUUAGUAUAUUUGAUAUUAAAAGAAAUAUUACUCACAUUCUUUUUCUCCAUUGAUUUAAAAAUAUUUGCUUCUAUGUGAUCUUUGAGAACUCUUGGUAACUCUCCUUCCCCUCUAUCUCCAAAUCCCCCUUGUUUUACAAACCAUGUCCAUUCUUCACUAAUAGCACUGCUACUGAAGCUGUUAUGGUGUGAGGACAUAAGGCACAAACUAACAGAUGGUAUUACCUGACAUACCAACUUUGCCUCAACCCUUUCUCCAAUGGCUGUUCCAAAAUCUCAGUACAUGCUUUUCCUCAUGCAUAAUGAAGGGAAAUGUCGGUGCUUCCACUGACAUCUACCAGACAGUUUUGCUUUCUGUGGUAUUCUUCAGCUUUGUAAAAAAAAAGUGCUGAACCAAAGCCUUCUUUACAAACAGCCUGAAAAACAGCUACUAAUUUUUUUAUCCAGCACCAAUAGCUUCCUAUGCUAUAGUCAUAAUAAUAAAAAAAAAAAACUAUAGAUUGCUUUAAUUUCCUAAACCAUAAGAAGUUCAUUCAAUUCAUUAAUCCUAAUAAUAAGCAAAAGAAUUCAGCUACACAGACGUGCCCUAUGAAAUGCUCUUUUUUUUCCAGGAAAUCAGAAUGCAUGUCUUUUUGUUUGCUGUCCUCUGAUUUCUUCUGAAAUUGGAUGCUCCCUUACAGCAGCUUUGUCAGAGCAGUAAGUCCAGCCUCACAGCUAAUAAAUAGGCAGAGGGCCCAGCAGAUAAGUCUGAUGACCAUCAAUUCCUUGCUGCUCUAUGGCCUUAUUGCCUGAGAUUGAGCCUUGCUUCCCUAUGCAUAAAAGGGAUAUACUGCUUCUCCCAGGUCAGGAUUAUAACAGUAAACCUUGUAAAGGCUGUGAGACAAGGAUAGGAGCCUUAAAAUCACUUUAGAUCAACCAAAAGCUGGUUGAUCACAUCAGGCUUCUACUUCCCAUAGUGGAACUCAGUUAAGUUUUACUCAUGUGUCAUUUCUGUUAUGUAAAUUAGUAUAAAUCAGCAUCUAAUGCAUUUGAUGUAAAAAAGCAAGCAUUUUAUUGCAACAUCGUUCUCUGCUUGACAUGGCUGGGCUGAUGCCACAGACUUCGCUCAAGCCUGCUCUAUGGAGAAGAGGCAGUUUGAAAAGCUCUGGUGGCUGGACCAAAUCAUGAGCAUACCACAGAUUCUUUGCUUAAGUAAUCAAGUUUUGUAAGGUUAGAUUUCCAUAACAAUAAUAAGUUUUCUCCUCAGUCAUUUGAAACACUGGGAAUAUAAUGUUAUUUCUUCAGAACAAUGUCUGGUCAUUAAUUCUCAAAAUAAAAAUCAUUUUUUUUUAAUUAGUUGCAGUUCGUUGCAACUUGUUGCUGCAUUCAAUUUUAACUAUUUAUAUGGCAUCCUGCUUAAUCAUGUUGUGUCUCACUGUUCCAAAACUUAGUUCUUAAGUAUUUUAAAGUCAUUAAUCUUCUAUAUUUAUUUUUAUGUUUUCUUGCUAGAUAUUUUCAGUGACAAAAACUAAAUGCCAGUCAAUUUUUAUAUGCCUAAAGCGUUGGUCUGUAUUUUCUAUGUGCAGUUUUAAUGAGAUCACAUGGGCCUGUUUGAUCUGCCUUUACAUCCUAGUGGAUAAGGAAGACCAAAUUAAGUCCAAGUGGGACCUGAUCCCACACUCUGGAUCCACAGAAAAAUCCCAUUCAAGAUAACGGUGUUGUUCUGGCAAGACUGAGGUCUGUGUCCUGCGUCUACUGUGUGCUUUUUCUCCCCGCUGACCCUUACACUUUUGGAAAGCCCCCUUGGAUUGGUGUCAUUUUUGGAAAGGGAGGAGUCCAGCCAUAGGGAACUUAUUUCAGGAACACAGAUUUAAUUCUUUAAGCUCUCCUGAACUAAACCAGUACUUAUGCAAACUUGAUUCUACCCUAUGGAAAGUUCAGUAGUGGUAAAAUCAAGACCUCAGUUCUUGUGCAGAUGAAUUCCCCCAAAACCAAUGAGUGUCUGCCAGAAAAAGGGAUUGACUGAAAGUAAACAAGGACAGCAAGACUCUCUCUUGAGUAAAAUCAACGGGAGCUUUAACUCUGUAAGCCAGAUGGGAAGACCAGGCCGCUAUUGACUGCCAUAUUUAAAACAUUUUCAGAGAAGCACAGUUAUUUUGAAAUUAUACAAGCAAAAGAAAUGCAAUUCUCUUUAUUAACAGAUGUCAUAUUUUUUUUUUUAAAUCUUCAAAGCAAAAGGAUCAAGCUUUAGAAGUGUUCUUGUUAUAAUUUCAUUGAUUCGUUAUAUACUUUUGACUAUGCUGAAUAUUAUUUCUAGAGUCAGAGGGUAAGAUAUUUGGUAUUUCCAGCCUUGGCUGCAUACAUGGGAUCCAGUCCUGCAUACCUAGCUCAUGAACAACUCCUGAUCAAAAUAUUUACUUGACUAGUUGCAGGACUGGACCUGCAUUUAUUGCACCAUAGCAUGUGCAAGAAGUGCCAGUCCAGGACCUCUUCAUUCAUCAAGAAUAUGAAUCACUAUGUAGCAAAUUAUGCAAACUACCUGAGUGUAUUUUUCUGCUUUUCUAAAAUUUCAAAGCCAUUUCAGACCUAUUACCCAUUCGCCACAGUAAGGGGAGGGUUUUUUUAGUCCCGGAGUCAGCCUCCAACAGUUGUGGAAUUUCUAAACAACUUAAGGAGUCUUGAGAUAAAGUUACUCCCCCGUGCGCCUGAAAGGAGUGUGACUCUUCAUAUUGCUGGAAAAUGAAGAUUGUUCAGGGAGAUAGCUUUGCAAUCAAUCUAUUUUUUAUAUUUUAUACUAACUGCAGAAACCUGAAUCAAAGUUUUAAUUGAUUUUCAAUGAUGAAACCAAAUGAACACAUUUAAAUGAUGCUCACAGAGUAAUCAGAACAAUUUUUGAGUAAAUAGUAACAUUAAUUCAAAGGGAGGGUGGGGGGAAUCAUGUAUCGCACAAAUUGCAAAGUAAGUUCAUACAGGAAAGCUGUUUACAGGGGGAAGCAUAUAAAGAAUGUAACAUGGUGAAGAAAGUUAUUGCACUAGGGAAUUUAUACAAAAUACAGUUUUUUAAACAAAAACACAAAAGGCCUUUUAAUGCUUCAGUGUCUAGAAUAUAGGAGCUUCUGUGCUAAUGCAGAAAUCUAAUGCACUGUGUCCUCACUUCAAAAUUGGUCUCAAAAUUCAAACAUUAGUGAUGUUAAAGAGGUGAUAUCUGAUCCAACACUAGAGCAACUUAAAGAGCUGUUUCUUUUUAGCACAAGAUUAUGCAGCCCAUAGUGCAUACAGAAAACUGUAUUUUUGCCUAUAACAUAUUUACAAAUCACAAUGACAGUUGGGUAACACCUGGCCACAUUCUUGUGUUCCUUGCUCACUUCUCUAAGUGAUAAAAAACUUGUUCAUUUAAAACUAGGUUUCUUCCUCUGUGUAUAUCCUGAGCUUCUUUCUGUUUCCUUAGAUCUGUUUGAAACAAGGUUUGCCUUCAAAUUCCUUAAUUAACUCCUUCACUCUCAUCCCUAAAGCACAGUUCAGUACAAAUGCUACUUGUCUUUUUCAAGUCCUAGUGCAAAUACAGUCAGCCUGGUAAAAAUGGCCAGGGCCUACCUAACUGUCUUUUUUCACUCAUAUGAUUCGGGGGUCAGUUGCAUAGAAAAUGAAAAUUUAUAUUUUCUUCAUGCAAAAAAAAAAAUGUAUUUUAAAAGCAAAAAAAGAAGCAAGGAAUAUGUUUUUUUCAAAUUAGUCAGCACAGAUCAAGCAGGAAAUGCAUUUGCAGCAAAGAGGGAAGAAAGACAGAAAACCGUAAGUAAACAAGGCAUGCUUUAAUACAUUGUACAGAGAUUGAUCAUACUUAUUGAGACAAAAAUGCCAGUAGCAAAAGUUUAAUUUCAGUUCUACCCCAUCUUCAUUUUUAUCAUAGAACCAACAGGUCUCUACUGAAAUUUUCAGUGAUGUUAUUACCCAGUUGCCUAACAUGGACAUCUGAUCUGUAAUUGGUUUUCAAAAGACUUUCCUGAAAAAGAGGACACUGCAUUCUUAUUGUUGUUGAUCUGUGGAUCUCUUCCCCUUGCCCUCCAAACAGCAACCUUCUCCUCUGCUUGGGAGCCGUCCGAAAACAAACACGAUGAUAGAUGUGUCUUCUUUAUCAGGAAAGUGUUUUUGUAGUCUGAUGCAAAUGGCCAGACAGAUAUUAACUCUUGGACUCCAUUUAUAGCAUUUGAACUGAGGAACAGGAAGAAUGGUGUCCUUUUUUUUUUUUUUUCUGUUAUUGUUGCAGCCAAACCAUCUCACAAAUUUACAAGUUUUCUACCUUUAAAAUGCACUGUAUUGUCUGGUGUUCCCCUCAUCCUGCAAGCAGUUUCAAUGCGUUUGCUCAGUGCUUUUGAAGAGCUUGCUUUACUAAAAGCAGUUUUUAAAUGACUGUUACUUGAAGAUAGCCAUCAGUAUAUUUGUCUGUUGUCCAGUACAUUCUUAUUAAUAACAAUAUUCAGUUUAAACUCUGGCUGAAAUGCUUUCAUACCAUAAAACAGAUCAGGUGCUCUGGGAACCAAAUCCCUCACAGCUCUAUGAGCAGAUUUUUGCUGAUAGAGUUAUCAGUUUCCUCACUGAAGGAAGGUCAGAUGAUUGGCAAGCAUAGACAGAACUGUAUGCAUCAUGCAAUGGUUUCUUUCAGUAAUCAUAUAUAAUGUGACUUGACAGAUGGAGUAACACAGACAUCCUUGCAUUUCUUCCAUUUAAGGUUUAAAUAAUUUUUUUUGAAUGUUGUAUUACAAUAUUUAAGUAUUAGAUUUUAGCUGCAAUGAUGAUCUCUUCCAAAACAGCAGUAGGACCGUAUAGACCCAUAUUAUUAUUGAUUGCUAUUUAAUUUUCUUUUAUUACACCUAGCACAAACCCAGAUGGAUCCCUCUGUAGAACAAAGAGGUAGCACACGAAUAUUAUUGACCUUUUUGAUUAGUAGCUAAAGAACAUUUAAUUUGAAAGAUAAGAUUGUCUUAAUUAUACCUGUGAACCAAACGGGAUGGUGAUGUCACUACGUUAGACAUUGGCUGUAGGCCUGUGGUUAAUGUAAAGCCUGAAUCUAAGAGCAGUCUGGGUAAUUGAUUCCAUUUAAUCAUUUUAGUUAAUAAAUUUUUACCUCAAAUAUAUAUAUGGUAUGAAUAAAAACAAAUGUCUGUGCAAACGGCUAAGCAAUGACAGAAGAUCAGAAGCUCAGCCUUAGUAUUUUUUCCCAUCUGCCAUGCCUUGGUAUCUUUCCAUUUAGAUAUCAGCUGGAAUUGAUUUAAGCUGCAGGGUUAGAGGGGUUUGAUGGUGUGCUUAGUUGCUCUGAUCUCUAGGCCAUAUCUUGUAAAAGGUAUUGCAAGAAACGAACAGUCUAUUCCUUAUUCUGUUGCUUUUAUGAUUGCAAGGUUAAGGGCAUAUGUUCUAUAUUGAUAUUUUGGCUCUAAGUUUUGCUCAGAUAGCAUCUCUCAGUGGAGGUUCAAAAUACAAACAUUUAUGCCUAUUCUUGAAGUCCUUAAGCAGAAAGCCAAUGGGAAUUCUGCCUGUAUAAAAACUGAAGGAAGGAGCAAUAUAUUAUAGCUUUAGGCAAAAGGAAGUUUGUAACACAUACUGCAAAAUGAAAAAAGAAAUCCAUCUGCUAGGAUGCAGAGUUUUGGAUUUAUACCUCUGAAUUUUCAAAGUUAUGCAGUUUUACCUAUGUAACUCUCAAAAGUCAAAGGAGCCAUGCUGACAAGCUGAAUCAAGGAGGGACUGGCGUACAAAGAACCUGAGAGUUGAAUACAUAGCCUAUUGCUUUAAGAUCACUGUAAAUAUCAACUAAAAAUAUGUACUAAUUCAUGUUUAUAAGUUAUUACUGUGUUAGUUUCAUAGAUACAGUAGCAUGACUAUUAAUAGUUCUGUUGAGUUGAUGAACUUUACUUUGUAUUCCUCUGUGAAUGCUCUGAAUGCUGCAAACAAAAAAAAAAAGCACAACAGUAUUUUUCAAGUUCUCUUGGCGCGAUAGCAGUGUCUUCACUAUUGUUCCAUUUUACAGAAUUAGCAACAUUUCAUCAUAAACUGCUGUACUAACAACACAUCUUUCUUUCAAAGAACUGUCACUAGGAGAUAAAAGCGUAUGUGAUAAGUCUUGUCUAAUCUCAUUCAUCUGCCUUUACAAAAUGCCCCAGAUGUUUUGUGGGAGAAUAUGCUGCUUUUGCUUCACGCAUCGUUUGUAUUUGGGGGCGGGGCAGGAAAAUAAUAGGGCAUUUUGCAAUGGUAAUUGCAUCAAACAUGCUUUUUUCAUUAUUAUUGUAUUUGUUAGAAACAUUUGGAUUUAAUUUCUUUUUGUAGAUAACUGUUUGUCAAUAGCUUUAUUUUUUCAGCUAAUCAUCUGAUUCCAUUAGAAUAAUAACUUCUCAUAUGUAGUGGUAUUUGUAUCAAUGUCUCCAUAUCAGCUGCAUUUUAACUUCAUAAAAAAGGAAAUGUGGUUAUUUUUGUCAUACUAGAAUUUGCUGAUCAACUAAGUAUUUCUGCACCAAUCUACAUAUUAAUAUGCAUGUUGUAGUCUGUACAAUUGUUCAACAUCAAAAUAUGUUUAAUUUAUGUCAAAUGUCUGUAAAAUAAAUGCAUUGUUCUCCAUUUCAGUCUGAUAGAAUAAGCAGGAUAGUAAAUAAAUGUGUAAAUGAAUCA